AUGGCCGGCUGCUGCUGCCUGUCGGCGGAGGAGAAGGAGUCGCAGCGCAUCAGCGCCGAGAUCGAGCGGCAGCUUCGCCGGGACAAGAAGGACGCGCGCCGCGAGCUCAAGCUGCUGCUGCUGGGGACUGGUGAAAGUGGGAAAAGCACCUUUAUCAAGCAAAUGAGAAUCAUCCAUGGUUCUGGCUACAGCGAUGAAGACAGAAAGGGGUUCACGAAGCUGGUUUACCAGAACAUAUUCACGGCCAUGCAAGCUAUGAUCAGAGCGAUGGACACCCUGAGGAUACAGUAUACGUGUGAGCAGAAUAAGGAGAACGCCCAGCUCAUCAGAGAAGUGGAGGUGGACAAGGUGUCAGCGCUGUCCAGGCACCAGGUGGAGGCCAUCAAGCAGCUCUGGCAGGACCCGGGGAUCCAGGCGUGCUACGACAGGAGGAGGGAGUACCAGCUGUCGGACUCCGCCAAGUAUUACCUGACGGACAUUGACCGGAUCGCCAUGCCGUCCUUCGUGCCAACGCAGCAGGACGUGCUUCGUGUCCGCGUGCCCACCACUGGCAUCAUCGAGUACCCGUUUGACUUGGAAAACAUCAUCUUUCGGAUGGUGGAUGUUGGUGGCCAGCGAUCUGAAAGACGGAAGUGGAUUCACUGCUUUGAGAGUGUCACCUCCAUUAUUUUCUUGGUUGCUCUGAGCGAAUAUGACCAGGUCCUGGCAGAGUGUGACAAUGAGAACCGCAUGGAAGAGAGCAAAGCCUUAUUUAAAACCAUCAUCACCUACCCCUGGUUUCUGAACUCAUCUGUGAUUUUGUUCCUAAACAAGAAAGAUCUCUUGGAAGAGAAAAUCAUGUACUCUCAUCUAAUAAGCUAUUUCCCAGAGUACACAGGACCAAAGCAGGAUGUCAAAGCUGCCAGAGACUUCAUCCUGAAACUUUAUCAAGAUCAGAAUCCUGACAAGGAGAAAGUCAUCUACUCUCACUUCACAUGUGCCACAGAUACAGAAAACAUCCGCUUCGUGUUCGCUGCUGUCAAGGACACAAUUCUACAACUAAACCUAAGGGAAUUCAACCUAGUUUAAAAGCUGCUGCCCACUUCUCCCCCAUAACAGAAGACAUGAUUUGCAAGCUCCUCUUGUUUUAUUUGCAAGUGCUUCUGACAUCA